AUGACUUACACGGAGCAGAGGAGCCCCUGGAAGGCUGUGCAGUAUUUAGUGAUGCCUCAGGGCGGCGGCAGCGGCUACAAGCGCAGCCACCUGAAGGUGGAGCUGUCCCAGCUGCGCGUCGCUAAAGUGACCGGCGGCGCGGCGUCCAAGCUCUCCAAGAUCCGAGUUGUCCAAAAAUCCAUCGCUCGAGUUCUCACAGUCAUUAACCAGACUCAGAAAGAAAACCUCAGGAAAUUCUACAAGGGCAAGAAGUAUAAGCCUCUGGACCUACGGCCUAAGAAGACCCGCGCCAUGCGCCGCCGGCUCACAAAGCACGAGGAGAAACUGAAGACCAAGAAGCAGCGGCAGAAGGAGCGGCUGUACCCUCUGCGCAAGCAUGCCGUCAAGGCCUGAGCUCACCCUCGCCACAGCAAUAAAACACAAAACUGU